AUGGACGAAUCCGUUGUGAGUGAUAUCGAGAGUUCCCUAUCAUCCUAUUCAGCUGAAGAUGAAUUGGCAGGUCCUAUCUGCAGGCUUCAUAGCUACUUUGUGAAUGUUCAAUGGGUGUUGGGAGAUCAGGAAAAGAGGGAAAGUGCUGCAGACGCUAGAAAAAAGAGAGCUCAUCGGAGGAGGAAAAAACUGCAGAGAGUUAAGGCAAACGAAACGAAACGAAAACAAAAAGACCAUGUUGCUGUAAUCAACAUAUCCGGCGACGAAAACUACCAGCAAGAAACAGUCAUCAAUGAUUCCAACCGCAGGAAUAGAGGGGUUGAAGGAGGGAAGGAGGUAAUCGAGCUUACAGACGAUGAGGACCAAGAGAUAGAGAUUAUGGAGAUUUCAGAUGACGAGGAGGUGGAGAACCGAUAG